GUGACUCACACUCUUUCUUGCUUCCUCUCCCUCUUCUCUAGUGGUCACUGUUCUUUUCACCCCCCGUCGGCCCCCAGAAGAUACGGAGUGAGUUUCUUGCUCGUAUUAACCUCUCUGCGCUCCGGCUGAAGAGAUGCCACCCUGUCCUUAAAGCCGAGCGGGUGGAAAAAGCCACCAGGCUGUUAGCGAAGGUCGGCGAACUCCUCUGGGACCUUCUCCCUUCGUCUUUAAUACCGGCAGCAGUAGACCAUCACCUUCUAGCAGGACAGCAUUUAGACUUGCGCACACGUGUCUUUUUCCUAGGUUUCCGUCACGAUAUUCUGGGACGAGACCUCCUACCUCCCCCUGCCCAAGGGGACCCCUUGACCCCACCGGUGUGUGCAGAUCAUAGGGAGCGAUCGAAGGGAGCCACGGCAAUGUGAGAGCGAGUUUUCGGCUUAUGGAAUCAUGCAGUUCUUAAAGAGCAUUCCGAAGUCGGGAAAACUUAAAAUGAUGGCUGUGGUAAGGACCUCUCUCCAGAAAGUGGUGGUCUUCUUACACCGACUGCAAAAGAUGGCUAUAUCCUCUCCCCGAUACCAGAAACUGUGCAAGGACAUUCAGCUGGACCUCGACCCCCACGAUGUCUUCAGGAACGCUGACCUGGGCCGGUCAAAGGAGGGCGCUACUGAAGAUGCAUCAUUCCCGACACACCCUCCCAGCUGGGUGGUGCAGAGUGAAAUUGAGCUGAAGGCCAGGACUGACAGUAGGGUGCUCCCAGAGGUCGCUGUAGAGAGGUGGGGUCAGCUCCUAUCAGUCCUGGAGGAGCUGUGGAAGUGGCUGUGCCGGAUGGAGGAGGAGCUGAAUGAGUGCGGGUCCAUCGGAGGAGAUGGCCUGACCGUACGGCAACAGCACAGCCGCUGCGUGGCCCUGAGGACCAAGCUGGAGAAUUAUGAGCAUGUAUUGGUCGGUAUACUGGACCAGGCCUGCGCGCUUCUGGCCGACCAAGCCGUGGACGAUACGCCGUGGGAAAACUUCACACCCAGACGCGAGGCUGCAGGGGAGGAGCUGGUGCGGCUCACGGCCGAGGUCAUCCGCAAUCGGGUGGAGGCGGUGCGGGAGUGCUGGGAGAUCCUCAGCGGCCGGGUGGACAGCUGGCAGAGGGACAUGGAGAAGGCCCUGGAGAAGCUGCAGGACAGUGAAGGGACGACCAGGCAACAGACACAGGACCCCCGAGAUACCGGGAAGCCUGUGGGGGACAUUGAAUCCCAACUGGACCAAAUUCAGGAGACUAUUGUCUUCACGGAGGAAAUCGCACCUCUGAAAUCUGACACAACGCUUUCGAAGAGCAGCCCCAGCCAUCUCCCACCCCUCGGAGCUCUGCUUUCCCAAAACACAUCCAGACUCAGUAACCUCAGCCUGCACUGGAAACUCAUACAGGUGGCCAUGGAGGAGCGAUUUGGCUUAUUUCACGAGACAGGAUGCUCAUCUCAGGACUUCCUGUCCACUUCUGUUCAACUUCCAUGGCAGAGAGCAGUUUCCCCAAACAAGGUCCCUUACUACAUAAACCAUGAGACUCAGACGACCUGCUGGGAUCAUCCAAAAAUGACAGCGAUCAAUCGUUCACUAGCCGACCUGAACAACGUGCGUUUCUCAGCCUACCGGACCGCCAUGAAGAGCCGGCGAGUGCAGAGGGCCUUGUGCCUUGAUUUAUUGGACCUGAGCACAGCCCAGAAGAUUUUCGAGCAGCAUAAGCUCAGAAAUGGCAGGCUGUUAGACGUGCCUGACGUCAUCAGCUGCCUGACCAGUAUAUAUCACCUGCUGGGGAAAAGCCGCACGGGCCUGGUGGACAUCCCUCUCUGCGUGGAUUUGUGCCUCAACUGGCUUCUCAAUGUUUACGACAUAGGUCGGAGUGGGACGAUUCAAGCACUUUCAAUGAAAAUUGGAUUGCUGUCUCUCUCCCAAGGGCAUCUGGAAGACAAAUAUGAAUACUUGUUCCGGCAAGUGGCUUCCCCGGAGGGAUCCUGUGACCAAAGGCAGCUGGGAAUGCUGCUGCAGGAUGUCAUCCAGAUCCCGCGGCAGCUGGGAGAGGUGGCGGCUUUCGGGGGGAGCAACAUCGCGCCCAGUGUCCGUAGCUGCUUCCAGCACGUGAAAGGAGAGAUGGGAAUCGAACCCGCUCAGUUUGUGGAAUGGAUGCGCCUAGAACCACAGUCCAUGGUGUGGUUACCGGUCCUCCACCGCGUGGCAGCCGCCGAGACGGCCAAACACCAGGCCAAAUGCAACAUCUGUAAGGAGUUUCCCAUUGUGGGCCUCAGGUACCGCAGCCUCAAGCACUUCAAUUAUGAUGUGUGUCAGAGCUGCUUCUUCUCCGGCCGGACGGCCAAGGGCCACAAGCUGAACUACCCCAUGGUGGAGUACUGCACCCCUACGACCUCUGGUGAGGACAUGCGCGAUUUCACCACCGUGCUGAAAAAUAAGUUCCGAUCGAAGAAGUACUUCGCCAAACAUCCCCGCCUGGGGUACCUACCGGUGCAGACGGUCCUGGAGGAGGACGCCAUGGAGACCCCGGUCACACUCCUGAGCAUGUGCCCCGAGCACUACGAGCUGUCAGACGUGGGGAUGGCGGACGCGGCCUGGCCGGCAGACAGCAACUCGACAGCGGGGAGCAUCAUAGAAGAUGACCACACCCAUAUCUCCUACCUGCCCUCUGGGGGCCCGGAUCUGCCCCUCUGCCACCCGGAAAGCCCCAGCCACUGUUGGGAUGUGACAGAUGGAGAUGGACAGGUUGGGAUGGAGGACACCAUCGCCCAGAUCGAGUGUGAGCAAAGCACCUCGCACGCAGACCACAGAGACCUGAAGGUGCCGCACCCUGAGAGGGACCGAUACGGCCCCUCAGAGUGUGAAGCGGCAGAUUAUGACCGCAGAGAGGAGGCGAUGGAGGACUGCCAGGUGGAAGACGAGCUCUCGCAGUGGCAGAAGAGCCUUCUGGAGGAGCGGGUUCAGGCCUUGGAGCUCCACAACAGGCAGACAGAGGCCCGGCUCCGGUGGCUGAGGAAGCUUCUGGAUCAGCCCCGGAUAGACAAUGCGGCGAAAAGCGUCUCUUUAUCCCCCGUAUAUCGGAACGUCCUCGUCCGACAUUCCGUCACAGAAGGGGCCGGAAUUCCGUUCGACCCCGCAGAGGACCUGUCAGGUCGCGUACGCAACACCGAUGUAGCCAGCAUGGAGGACAUCUCCGAGACUUUCCCUGCAUCGAUCUGAAAUGUAAGUACUAUAUACUGGAGAUACUCACCAUGGAAAGGCUCUGCUAGAUGGCACAUCUGCAAGAGAAGAGGGACCAGGCCAGCAUCAUCUCGCCAGGAGGUUUCUGCCUAUGCAACCGUGAAACUUUCACGGCCUCCGACUGCGCUGAGGCUGCUUCUCUGCGACCUCUGUGUGCAGACUGACGGCUUAGAGGGUCUUUCUCAGUGUCAGGUUGCCCCCAUCAGGAGUCCGGUUUCCGUCUGCCGCAGAGUUCCAUAUGAUGCCAUUAUUGGUAAAAUGAGCCUUGAUGUAACAGCCAUUAGCCCCCCCCCACGAAAGAUGAUGAUAGCCUGGGUUUGCUUAUUGGAUAAAUUGAACACCCUCUCCUUUUGAGCACCGCCAUGAAAAAACAAUCUCACACACUCUGAAAGCUUCUUUCUGUGGCUGAUGAUCUCUAAUCGAAACCGCUAAUUUGCAUCGUGAUGUAUAUCAGUUACUUUCCGAAGCCGGUUGCCUUUUCUAAUUAUGCUUUCUAAUUAUGAUUUGAAUCUGAGGGGAAGAAAAGUAAAGAUUAGUGCAGCUUAAUCUUGGCCAGAAGUGUUUAUUAGUACACCGUUUAAAUCUAGAGAUUGUAAUCAGGUGUAAUAAUAAACAUUUUGGGAGAAACAUAAAUGGCACAUGAACUAACUUCUGUGUUUUCUAAUCUCUACACAAGGUGUAUUUUUUAAUCUAAUACGGGAGGGUGUAAUAUUUCUGGUGAAAGUUUUAAAAGAAGAAUCAGUCCCAAUGGUGACCCAUUGCUGGGAAUAAAAGAGUGCAUGGUACAGGGUACUCGUGUUGUAGGGUACAUGUGAUGUAGAGUACUCGUGGUUUGGGUUCAUGUGGUAUAGAGUACUCCUGGUAUAGAGUACUCGUGGUACAGGGUACACAUGGUAUAGGGUACUCGUGGUGUAGGGUGCAUGUGGUGUAGAAUACUCCUGGUAUAGGGUUCAUAUGGUAUAGAGUACUCGUGGUAUAGGGUACUCGUGGUAAAGGGUACACGUGGUUUAGGGUACUCAUGGUAUAGGGUACACGUGGUUUAGGGUACUCAUGGUAUAGGGUACUAGAGGUGUAGAGUACACUUGGUGAAAUGUACAUAUGAGAGAGGAUGCAGAUCCGUCAGAGAGCAAACACACAUACCAUUCAAGCAAGCUGUUUAGUCUGGUUUGGUUUUGCAUAAACCAAAUUGUGUUCAUACCAAUUUGUUGUACUUUGUUUUGGGAAGAAAUACUGUACAGACAAAUACCAUCACAAAGCUCCUUUGAUUUUCUGAAUGGCACAAGUACGAUUUAAACCAGUAGCUUUAAAACAAAAGGUAAUUAUUUUGUUCUGCUAGCUAAUGAAGAAGAGAACCCCAGAAAAAAGUUAAGAACGUGUCUGUCUCAGACAUCUAGCUUAUCCAGGAACGCAGGGAUGUUCUGUAAGCAUCUGAAUUCUGAGGUUUCAGAAGUGUUUCUCUGUAUGGUCUGGUAUGGUCUGGUACAUCUACUCUUAAUGCCAUUGUGUAUGACUGUCUCUACAUAGAGAUAUGAGACAAUCUGAGACUUGUUCUUGUGAUCAGUCAGAAUUAUUUAGUGGGGUUUACAGUUUUUUGUCGGUGUUUACGUUACAGUAUGAAGACACCAUGGCUCAGAUUACUUUCAUACUGCUGAGUACUUGAAUAUCUCGACUUGUGUUCUUGCUGAGAAAUGUCAAAGUAUAUUUUCUUUGAGGAAUAUUGUGUUUGUUACAUUCAUAUAUCUUUGACUGUCGACAGUCGGUGGUAAUUAAAUCUACAACGAGCCCAGACUGACUUCUGUAUGUUUUGUUCCAAAUAAAUAUUU